AUGUCUCACUGCAUCUGCAGCCGCAUCCAGCACAUGACAGCGCCUCCUGCUGAAAAUGCAUCUGUAGGAUAUGUAUACCUCGCUGGGGGAAUAGCAAACAUUUUGCUUCCCUUUGGCGCCGGGGCUAUAGUCUGCGGCAUCGCUACACAGAAGCGGCUGCUGCUGCAUGCGGGCGUGCUGCACCUUGUGCUGACGUUUCUCUGCGUCGGGGUGCUGUGUUCUAUUGUAUACGGCAUAAGCAUGAUCGCAGCAGCAGUGACAGCACUGAAGGCAGCAGCAGCAGACGGCGAACAGCAGCAGGCACUGCAGCAGCCAGCAGAAGACCAGCAGCAGCAAGCUGGUGAUAUUGAGCAGCAGCAAUCCGGUGAAAUGCAGCAGCAGCAGCAGCAGCAAUCGGGAGAGCUGCAGCAGCAGCACACAGGAGAACUGCAGCAGCAACACACAGGACAAUCAAUACAAAGAAACGCCACAGAUGACCCCGUACCCUAUACUGAUUUCCAGCCGCAGCAGCAGCAGCAGCACCAGCGGCGCUCGGACCUGUGCAUACACCCCUCUCAAGAUUUUAUUCAGUAG